ACCAGGUGAACAUAUUGGACAUCCGGUUCACCUGCUGGAACGCAGCAGGUGAGUUUGGGGUUAAAUACCUGCGGUGGGCGGGGCUUAGUUGGGCUGACAGAAACUACUGCCCGACCUUUGAGACGGAGCAGAACCUGAACGGAACCCAGCAUGGCCACAGACUUCACUCAGGACGCGGUUCUGGUUUUCCUGCAGCGCUGCGGCGGCUCGGCGAGAAACACCGAACUGUUGGCCCACUUCGUGCCCUACCUGCGGGAAAAUCCGGACAACGUCGGGAACCGAGAUCUCUUCAAGAGUUUUGUCAACUCCGUGGCAACCGUGUCGAAGGUCGACGGGGUGUCUACCGUGAUCCUCAGGAAGAAGUACAGAGGAUAUGUUUCUGGUGACGGUUCGGGCAGAGACUCCGCCGAACCGGGUCCGGUCGGAGCCAGCUUGUCGCCGGCGGUAAGCCUCGCCCCUCCGGGAGACACCGAGAGGAAUCCCGCCCUGCCUGCGGCUGGGAUCGUGGUGGAGAGCGGCGCCAGGCUGAAAUACGGAGAAAACCCGAGUCCAGAACCCGUCCAGGUACGAAACCGGGUCCCAGAACUUUCAGAGAUUCCUUAUCAGAGCAAAACAGAGGAACAGAACAGGCUGGUUUCUGCUGCUGGUGCUCCAGCUGUGAGACAUCAGGACUACAUCCCUGAGCCAAUCAGAUGGCAGGAAAUGCCUCAAGAAAGUUUUAUUCCAGCCCCCACCAGGAGACAGGAAGCCCCCCAUCAGGACCGCUUUCCAGAACCGAUCAGAGGACAGGACUAUGGACCUAAUGGAGGACAUGUUGUCAACCACCAGGGCUACACACCUAGACCUACUGGAAGGCAUGAAGUCCCUCAACAGGACUUCCCCCAUAUGCCCUCCAGAAGAGUGGACAAACCACAUCAGGGAACCGUUCCUGAACCCGUCAGAGGACACAUCGUCGGCCGUCAGGACCAUGCCCCAGACCCCGGUGAAAGGUGGGAUCCCCCAAAUCAGGAAACCGUCUCGGAACCCAAUAAAGGACGUAUCGUCAGCCGUCAGGACCACGCUCCAGAACCCAUCAGAGGACAGAAGACCUCUCAUCAGAAACGCAUUGCUGAACCCUUCAGAGGACAUGUUGGUAACCGUCAGGACCUCUUUCCAGGACCCGUUAGGGGACAGCAGGUCCUUCAUCAAAGUCCAUUCCCAGCCCCCAACAGAAGAUGGGAUGCCCCACAUCAGGAUCCAAGAGGAUAUGUGAUUAGCCGUGUCCCAGAACCCAACAGAGGACAGAAUGUUUUUUAUCAGGACCCCAGCAGAGAUCCUCUGAGAGGUUCUCAACCUCCCACAUCUCAACCACCAAGAGGACAGCAGAGCUUUUAUCAGGUCCCUCAAAAUCCAGAACACCUCAGGGGAUGGGAGGUUCCUUAUCAGGAUCCCAUUCCUGAAUACCUCAGUGGACAGCAGGUCCCCCAGAAUCUAGAACCUCUCAGGGGACAACGGAUUCCUUAUCAGGUCCCGCAGAUACCAGAACGCUUCAGGGGACAGGAGAUUUAUUAUGAAGACCCUGUCCCAGAAGCCUUCAGAGGUCAGAAUGUCUAUUAUCAAGAUCCCAUUCCAGAAUACCUCAGUGGACAUCAGGUCCCCCAGAAUCUAGAACCUCUCAGGGGACAGCAGGUCCCCCAGAAUCCAGAACCUCUCAGGGGACAACGGAUUCCUUAUCAGAUCCCUCAAAAUCCAGAACGCUUCAGGGGACAGGAGAUUUCUUAUGAAGACCCUGUUCCAGAAGCCUUCAGAGGUCAGAAUGUCUUUUAUCAAGAUCCCAUUCCAGAAUACCUCAGUGGACAUCAGGUCCCCCAGAAUCUAGAACCUCUUAGGGGACAGCAGGGCCCCCAGAAUCUAGAACCUCUUAGGGGACAGCAGAUGUCUUAUGACCCCGUUCCAGAACAUAUCAGAGGACAGGAAAUCUAUUUUCCAGACUCCAUUCCAGAUUUACACAGAGAACAGAAGAUUCCUUAUCAGGAUCCAAUACCUGAAUACUUCAGUGGUCAGCAAAUCCCCCAGAAUCCAGAACAUCUUUUGACAGCAGGUCCCCCUGAACCUGAGAGGAAUAUAGAACCUCUCAGAAGACAGCAAGUCCACCAGAAUCUAGAACCUCCUAAUGGACAGGAGGUACCCCAGAAUCCAGAACUACAUAGGGUACAUCAGAAGAACCCAGAACCUCUCCAGAGACAGCAGGUCCCCCAAAAUCUGGAAUCUCUCCAGAGACAGCAGGUCCCCCAGAGUCAAGAACCUCUUAAGGGACAGCAGGUCCUCCAGAAUCUAGAACCUCACAAGGGACAGCAUAUCUCCCAGAGUCCAGAACUAUGUAAAGUACAUCAGAAAAACCUAGAACCUCCUAAGGAACAGCAGGUUCCCAAGAGUCCAGAGCUGCGUAGGGAACAGAAAAUCUCCUUCCUGGAUCUGGUUCCUGAAUCAGAUCCUGGACAGCAGAGUCCUCCUCAGGACCCAGAACCCGUUGGAGGACCUGAACCCGCUCCUCAGCUCCAUCAGGCUCCGGCUCGCCGCUUCAGACACAGGCAGAGCUACAGAUCAGCUGUUUCUCAGGAUGACGACAAAGAGGAGGAGGAUGUCCAGAUCAGACGUGGCUCAGCAGGAGGUCCGUGGCCCCUGAACGUCCCUCUCAGUGACGUGGCGAGGGCCAUGUCUGCCUCCUCACCGUGCGUCAUAGAGUCCCCGGCUCCUCCCUCCUCUUCCUCAGGGAAUAAGGUUCCUCAGAUCUACAUCCAGAACUCGGACGUUGAAGUUCCGGCAUCUCGAUCCCACUCAGAGUCCGGGUCCAGACCAGAACCUGGACCUGUCCCUGUGGAGUCCAUGAGACGCAGUCUGCCUCUAGAAGCAGAGUUCAACACCGAACGCCUCCAUGACAAACGUGCUGCUCGGACCUCUGAACCAAUCAGGCCCAAUCAGAACCAGAGGCUGUCGUCCAGUCAGAGCGACAUCUUCGACCCGCCGUCGGACGCGAGAUCCUCCGUCAGCGACUGGCCUCCGUCUGGGUCCUCCAGAACCCAGACUGGUUCUGGAGCAGAUGAACCCGCGGUUUCGUCGACGUCGCUGGAGGUUCUGCAGGAGUCCAACAGAACCAUCCUGGAACCUCCGGCCCGUCGCUCCAUCCUGAAAAUGUCGUUCCACCAGUCGAUGGGGAAUCUCUGCGACGACGUUUCGCCUCCCAGCAGAAAGUUGUACCUGUCCAGCGACCAUCUGAAUGACAGCCAGCAGUACGCGUCCAGAGGAUCGUCCCUGAACCAGUCCACAGAUGAACUCUAUGAUGAUAUGAAGUCGAGCAAAACCUCCAUCGACUCGCCUCAUGUGAAGCUUCGCUCGGCGGCGGCUCGGCGGAUGAGCAGCCGACUGAGGAACCGGAUUUGCCGCAGCUUGGGAACCGACCUGGACCAGGAGGAACCCGGUGGAGGACCGGAGGACGCCAGACUGGAACGGCUGCACCGGAUCUCGUCCUCGCUGAGUCUUCCCCACCACCUGUCGUCCUCGUCGCUGUCGUCCUCCACCACGCCGCCGCGAUGCCCCAGCCCCAUCGCCUCAGAGGGCGGGAGGAAGGAAUCCAGGAAGAGCCUUCACUCUCACAACGCCAGACAGUCUGCGAUUCCUCUGGAGGCCCAGGAGCACGACUGGAUGGUGAAGGCAGCGGCGGGUGCCUGGCCGGACGUCUACGCUCUGUUCAGGUCCGACUCCUCGCUUCUCAACCGGCAGGAUUUCAUCUCCGGCUUCACGGUUCUGCACUGGAUGGCAAAACAUGGCGACCACCGAGUCAUCAACACCCUGAGCUACGGGGUGGAGCAGAAAGGCCUGAGCUUCGAUGUGAACGCCAAGUCGACGGCGGGUCAGACGCCGCUCCACAUCGCCGCCAUGCACGGCCACAAAAACGUCAUCCGGCUGCUGGUGAAGAAGCUGGAAGCCGACGUGAAGCUGAGGGACGUGGCGGGGAAGAAGGCCUGGCAGUACCUGAGCGACCGAUCCCCGGACAUCCUGGAGCUGCUGGCGGCGCCGCCCAAGGCCGCGCUGACCCGCGGCGCCGAGAACGCCGAUCCGGGCUUGAAGCCGCCCAAGCAGCAGCGGAACCGCCUGCGCCACCACUUCUCCUCGGCCUCCUCCGGCCAGAGGCCUCAGACGCUGGCCGGCAUGGUGAAGGUCAACAGGUCGACGUCCAUCGCCGCGCUGCUGAAGCCCAAACCUCUGCAGCGGUUUUAGCAGAACCAGAACCGGUUUGCUGAACCUCCCUGCUGUUACAGACGUGUUCCUGCCUGCAUCCCUUCACUCUGAACAGGCAGAACUUUUAGUUUGACUGUUUUUAAUCUGGAUUAGCAGUUUAUACAUCAAGUCUCUAAAAACAUCUGUUGAUGUUUGGGUUUUAUUCAAGUUGUCCUCUAAUCACUGGAAACAUGACAAUAAACGACUAAAAUCCAAUUAAACAUUUGAUUCCAGAAAACUGACGAUGAAACGCAGGAAAAGUCAUGAAAGAGUUUCUGCUAUAAAAUUAUGAAUAAUAUACAUUAAAGAAACAGAUCAAAUUUAUUAUUAGCAUAUUAGCAUGAUAUUGAUAGCAUUUAUGCUAACAUUAGCUUCUUAGCUUAUGUUUACUAAAGACUAAAGUUAGUUAAUGUUUUCCAACAUGCUAGCUUUAGCUAACAUGGCUAAGUCAUGAAAUUAUGUACAAAAUAGAAAAAACUAAAUGACUAACAAUUCAAUUUUAAUUACAAUGAAAUAAAAAUCCCAACAAAUAAAUAUUUUAAAUCAUAAAAUUUAAUGUAAAAACCUGAUGGUGGAAGUUUUCUGGGACCUUUUACUGGAUUUCAUAAGUUAUACAUUUUUUCCUUCCACUUAAUUUCCCAUGCAUUCUUAACCCAUCAAUGAUUUUAUCACAAAACUCGUUUUUUUUAUGCUUUUGUAUAUUUUAUUCUAUUUUUCCCAGGAACUAACUGUAAGUUUUCAUUAAAUGAAUCCAGAAUAACCUGGAAUAUGUUUCGUUUUGCGUUGAUUUCAUCUCUGUUGGCUUCGUUUGUUUAUUUCUGUCUCGGUCUUUGUGGCGCCGCCCGUCCAGAUCUGUAACAUUUCGUUUCUGCAGCAGCUGAACACAGGAAGGAUUUUUCCUCGUGUUUCAGGCUGAUGUGGGAGGAGAAACGGGGAAAAGUUCGCCGGUCGUCAUGAUCUCAGGUUUCACUCUGAAGACUCAACAACAGACGAGGCUUUUUCUGAUUUUAACUGAUUUUUAUACCAAAAAUAAUAAAAACAUAUUUACUAACAUA